GAGAUGCAGUUAAGUGCAUGUGUUUAUUACUUCCCAUGGGAGAUCAACAGCUCAGUCCCAGAGGGGGAGGCACUGAGGACAUUUGGCAGGUUAUGCUACUACGACCUGGCCAACUCCAAAGUCAUUCUCACUGCUGAGCACAGUUCAGCUCAGUACCAGGUCUCUGUUGACACAUCAUUUGUGGAGCCAUUCCAAGCCCAGCUCGGAUCUUGGUACAUGGUCCUGGGAGAGCUUGAGCACAGGAAAGGUGAGGGUCCUGUGGUAAAGGCACGAAUAUUGACCUGUGUGCAAGGGAUGAAUGUGCCCUUGCUGGUCCAAGCCAUACAGGAGCAGAGGAAGUACUUCAGUGAGAGGCAGGAGCGGAUGGAAGAUGGCACAUCCUGACAGAAGC